AUGGAUGCCGCAGCUGUCUUCCGCCAUGGCCUGGGCAACAUGAUGCCGCGAAACCCGCCUUUCCACCAUCAUCCGCCUCCUAAUCCUCCCCCACAACUCUAUCCGGGCGGCGCGCGCGCUUCUCCUGCCAGUCGCGAAGAUCCCGAAAGUGACGGCCCUUCCAAUCGUAUUGCACACACUUUGACGGCUUGCUGCCGCUGUCGCCAGCGGAAAACAAGAUGCGAUCCCACUCUGCCCCGUUGUCUGCCUUGCGAGCGCGCCGGCUCUGUCUGCGAAUACUUCGAUACCACCAAGGGAAAGAAGAUCAACCGUAACUAUGUCAUCAAGCUGCAGGAAAAGGUGCGCGCCCUCGAGGCCGAGCUGCGCCAGUAUACCGACGACGACAGCGAGUUCUCCCAUGUCGACGAAGACAUUGUGCGCCCGGGAGGCCUGGUCCGCUUGAAUGACACAGACGAGACGCCCCGUUACCUGGGACCGAGCAGCGGCAUCUCCAUGACCCGGUUGCUCGUCCAGGACGCGAAGCUCUUCACCGAUUCGAAGCGAAUAUCCGAGUUGAUCCCCGAGGUUCGCGCAAGGCGCAUGACGCGCAUGCAGUCCAUUGUCAUGACAAGGGAUAGAAAGAAGAGCUAUCCCAUGAUCAGCGCCCACCCUGCCCAGGCGUUGCCGAACAGGCCCGUCGCAAACAAGCUUGUAGAUGUCUUUUGCCAGCGAUCACAGGUGUUUUGGCCCACGCUACACGAGAAACAAUUCCUGGACGAUCUGGAGGCCGUAUACGCGGGUGACCAGGACCCCUAUAAGAACCUGAUUGUCCGCAUGGUCUUUGCCAUCAGCCUGCAGAAACUGGACCCGCAAUAUGCUGGUCUCGCAGAUAGUUACUACUUGGCUGCCAUGGAACACUUUGAGCAGGUCGUCCGGCCGAAGGACCUGAAGUCUCUUCAGAGUCUCGCAAUGAUCGGCCAAUAUUCCCUCUUGACUCCAACCAGAACCGCUGUCUACUACAUGGUGGGGCUGGCCACCCGCGUUUGCCAGGCCGAGGGCCUCACGGAUGAGAAGACCAUCUCCGCCGGCUACUCGCUAGAUCCACUGACCCUCGACAUGCGCCGUCGCCUGGCCUACAUCAUCACAUCCAUGGAGGCCGGUCUGGCGCACAGCAUGGGUCGGCCAAACGGAUUCUCAAAAGUCGAUGACCGGAUGGAUGUUGAGCCGUUCGCGACUGUCGACGACGAGUAUAUCACGGCAGACGGCAUUGGUCAGGGGCCUCCGAGCGAGAAGAAGCUGGUCGCUCUGCAUUUCUUCAAGAUGCGCAUGGAGCAGGCUGAGAUCAGGAGGGUGCUCUACGAGAAGAAGCGCGACGAGCCCAGGGACGAGACUCACCCCUGGUUCGCCAAGAUGGAAAGAGAUAUUCAACACUGGAUCGAUUCCUCGCCCCAGAACCCUGCGUGGUGUAGGCCCUGGUUCACUGGACGAUACCAUCAGAUGCGCAUCUUCCUCUACCGCCCAUCCCCGCAGGUACCCAAACCAUCCCCACGAGCCGCUGCCAUCUGUUUCGAGGGUGCGUCAUACAUCAUCAACCUGUCGAAGCAGCAAAUGGAAAAGGCAGCCGUCGACAUCACCUGGGUCUUCCUCUUGAACCUUUACAUGUCUCUCAACACGCUGCUAUGGACCGUGUCUUACCCCGAAAUCCGACAAGCCCACCCCCGAGAGGAAGUGGAGGAGCUGGGUGACCAGACACUCGACAUUCUGGAACAAUGCACAGAGCGUUGGCCAGGAACCGCCCAGGCCGUGCAACUGUAUUCCAUCUUUGCGAAGGCCUGUUUGCAGAGCUACGAGUCCAGAGACACCCCUCAGUUACAACCGUCGAGCACCUUUACCACUCCGCCAUCGCUUUUCGACGGCAACUCGCCGCAGGGCUCGGAGAUUUCUGCAUCGACCGCGCCCGGCGGCGGACCGACAUUCAAGGUCAACCCGCCCCACAACCCGCCUCAAUUCGGCUUCGUGUUUGACGCGACCCCCGAAUCCAUGAACACGUAUCAGUGGGAUCCCAACUUCCCUCCUCACCCAACCUUCCGAUCCAACUCAAUCUGGGGCAACUCAUCCAAUGAAACCACGGGACCACGGCACACCGAACAUGGCCACACACAGCACGAACAUGUCACCACCCCCACCGCCGGGCCCCAGUCAGGCAGCCAGAGCGCCGAACUUUGCCCCUCCUCCGACAUCGAACCCCGGGGCCCCUCAACGGCCUCUUCCCAACUACAACCCAGUCACAGACUGGUUCAACCCCCGCCGCCUUUCAUCAACCCCGAGGCCUUCAGCUCCAUGAGCAACAGCUUUUUUGGUGACUCUUUACAAGUCAACGGGUUGAACGCGCAAAACGCCGGUCUGGGUCUUGAUCACUUUGUUGGCCAGCCGUUCAACUGGUCGCAGGAGCGCCAGGGCAGCCUUAGCCAGCAACAGCAGAUGGAGCUGAUGAAUGCUCUCGAGAACGAGGGCAUGAGUGACAUUGACGCCCUCCUCAACAUGGGCAUGACCGGCGCGGCGAAUGCCGGGAGUGGUUGGGCACAAGCAUGA